AUUACAAUUGCUAAGCACACCUCGAGAAUUAACUACAUCCAUUUUAGCGUUCAGAGACUGGGAAAUAUUACAGAGUAUGGUUUCCGGGCCAUCGCAGAGCAACUGGCGGCGACGUCACUGAUGGCGUUCCAGAACCGCAUCGCCAUAGACAUGCUUCUCUCUGAAAAGGGGGGAGUGUGCUCCAUCUUUGGUGAGCAAUGCUGUGUCUUCUUGCCUAACAACACCCACACUGGUGGCAGCAUCACCAAAGCCAUUGAGGGUCUUCGUACUCUCAAUGUCUUAAUGAAGGAGCAUUCUGGUGUUGACACCUCUGGGUGGGACAGCUGGAUGAAUGCUAUCUUCGGCAGGUGGCGUGCUCUGGCCUCGUCUGCUCUGAUUUCCAUUGCUGUGGUUACAGCCAUUCUGACGUUGUGUGGAUGUUGUGUGAUUCCCUUGAUGCGCUCUCUUGUUAACAAAUUGAUCGCCACAGCCAUAGGUCCUGUUGGUGCCCGAGAUAYUCAUUCGUACCCACUCCUGGAAGCAUCGAUGGAUGACAAUUCUGUUGGUUCGACUUAUUAUGAGGAUAAGUCUGAUUUGGAUGAUGAUG